UAGGGGGCUUAGGCCUUUAGGGCUUAAGCUUUAUUGCGUUAAUUCGCGAAAAGUAUAUCUUAGUAACCUUCUCUAAACAUGGUAAACAAAUAGGACACAAAAAUGAGUUGUACUACAGAAGUUGAAGAGAAAUCUCAACUGUUCUGCACUUUCCCUCAAAGUGUCGACAGGAUAGAGGACAUAGUAGUCUACUUCAAUCCCUCAUCUGGAAAUGAAAGGAUGGUGGUCCGAUGUAUGAUGCUAGAGGAACUUGAGUGCAACAACGAAAGAGGCUUCAGCUGCAGAGUGCCAGAUCCUCAUUUAGCUGAAAUCACAUUACCUGACAGCUUCAAAACAGAAUCCGGCAGCUUCAGAUGUCAGACUUCCGGUCUGGCUAAGUCUGAGAUAAAGCGAUGCAUGUGGCUUUCGGAAGAAAAGGAUUCUGCUGGCGGAGCAAUCGAAGCCAACACCACUUUGACCCAUGAGAGACUGCCAGACGGCAUGUCUACUGCAGCAGUCGCUGUACCUGUUGCAAUCAUUGCAGCCCUCGUUAUUCUUGCUGUCAUCGGCAUUGUUCUGUACAAGAGAGUUUAUAAGAAGGGUCCGUCACUGAGCAAAAACCCUAAAUUGAACACAAAGGUACCAAGUACACCAUCCACCAAUGAACGAUGCACACAAAAGAAUGUAAAAGAUGAGAACACUGACUCUCUCUUACAAAAUGAUUCUCCAUCAGAAGAGGGGAGGUCACACAGUCCUUUACUCCUAAACAGCACAGAAAAUGAUAGAAGUAGCACUGGGCAUCAUCCUGUGUGAAAAAAUAAUUGUGUAUUCCUGGAAGAAAAUUUUCUGAGAGUUACAUCAGUCAGGAACACGAAGAUCUGCAAGCUAGAUUGGCUGUGGGUCUGGCAACUUAGUUUAUGUGCUUACAUGAAUCUUAACUACAAAAUAAUUGUCGACUCUGGUCACUGAAAGAUUCAAACCAAACCCACAAAAGCAAAGAGACUGAAACAACAAAACAUUGAAGAUGUGGAUGGAGUUUCAAAAAUUUUUUGAUGGUCCUGUAUUUUCCUACACAUUUUGAACACCUUUAAAAUUUGUUUUAGCUCCAGGGGUGACAAUGGCGACAUUGAGGGAAGUAAGUCUGAGCAAAUUAUAGAAGGCUAAUAGUAAUUUUAAACGCGGCUACCUCCCUUGUAACAUUAAUCCCCUUUACAACGUUUUAUUCAAGAGAAAUGUAAUGUGUAAACUGUUUAGGGAUUUAUAGUAUCUCUAAGUUCAAUAUUCUGUUAUUUUUAACGAGUGACUGAGUAAGAGGAAGCUAGAACUCAAAAGAAAAAAUAAUAAAAUACGUGUAAAGUUUUUUUCUACAUUUAAAAGUCUUUCGCUCGCGUUUGUAAUCAUUAGGUGUUGACUUUCGAUUCAUGAUUCAUCUGCAAGUUAUUAGCUAUUAUGUAUUAGCUGAAUAGGAAUAAAAAAAGCAUUUAUAGCUGAAACAUA